AAAGUUGGACCAUAUUCUUUAAAAUUUUCUGGUUUUAUUUCAGUUUGUUACACUUGUGUUCCAGGUCAACAAUGACUGGCCAUUAGAAAUUAAUGGAUUAGACUACAAAAUACAGAAAUAUUAAGUGUUCAGGAGCAUCCCAAUCCUUUAGAUGAGCACAUAUGUGGAUGUGUGUUUGAACACAUAAAGUCCUAUGACAUGUGCACACACACAACACACUCAAACACACACAAUGUGCGUUGAGUGCCCUUUUGUGCAUCGUCUUCCAUGUACACUCUUUGAGGAAUAUUUCAAGAGCUACUUAUCAUAUUAUGUUGUGUUUGGGCUUGUUUGAAUUGGGAUAGUCUGCUAUAAGUUACGAUAUGUCAUUUUCUGUGUUAUAUGUAUGUUUCAGGAAGUAAUAAGACACAAAUUAUAUUUGUGUGUCUCUGGGAAUUUCAUACACUAAAACUCACUGCAGUUUGGCACCUGUGUGAAACAAAUUUGCUCAUUGCAUUCUACAAAUUGAGACCUUUCCAACGAUAUAUAACACAUGGCUAUAUAAUCUUUUUUAUGGUUUUACCAACUCUGAAUAUAAUUGUUUUGAUGAUAAAUUAGCAAAUUAUGAGAACAAAACAGUUCUUAUUUGUCAGCAAAUUAAAAAGCAUUAUUUUAGAAUUGCUAUGAUCAGCUAUAUACAUUGCAAAGUCCAGAUUAUAUGCUUUAAAAUGACACCUAUUUUGUUCAGAUUAAGCAAGUGGUUAUUAAUUUAUGUAAUUAUAUAGUUUUGUUUUUUGCAGGGAGUGCCCCCCACUAGCCCAAUAUGAGCUCAGUUCAAUGAAUUCUUCUAUCAAUAAAAAAUAUUAUUUUAAAAAUAUGUUCAAAAAAGGAGUUAUUUUAAUACUAAAAAGUCAUAAUUACUAAAAAAAGAAGUUGACAAAAGAUGUAAUGCAAUAUCUUGUUAUAAUAUAUGCAAUAUGAGAGAUUUAUAAACCAUUUUAGUGGGCCGGUCAUUUUUGACCGGGAACACAAAAUGUGUUAGCACAAAACGAACACAGCACAAGGGUUAUUUUAAAAUUCAUCCAUUCUCUUUCUCUCCUUGUUUAAUGAGAUUACCAAACUAAACGAGCGACAUACCCUCCUCCUCUCCUUCAAUCGGUCACAUGAUGCUGAUUCUUGCUAGUAUUCGUUAAGUGGGUCAAACCAAUGAUAUGCUCCUUCACAGCCCACACUCCAUUGCUACUGGAUCAUGCUUUAGUCAGUUUUUAGUGGUGGGAAAAGCUACCAAAGCAUUCUCACACGUGCAGAAAAAACACAAGUGCAGUGUUGCUGCCACUGAGUAAAACACUUGCGUGUUUAUAGCAAAGUCACAGAUUUUAGGCAGGCUGAGAUUAAUUUAAAGGGAUAGUUCACCCAAAAAUUCAAAUUCUCUCAUCAUUUACUCACCCUCAUGCCAUCCCAUAUGUGUAUGACUUUCUUCUGCAGAUCACAAAUUAAGAUUUUUAGAAGAAUAUUUCAACUCUGUAGAUCCUCACAAUGCAACUGAAUGUGUGCCAAAAUGUUGACACUCCAAAAAGCAUGUAAAGGCAGCAUAAAAGUAAUCCAUAAGACUCCAGUGGUUAAAUCAAUGUCUUCAAAAGCGAUAUGAUAGGUGUGGAUGAGAAACAGAUAAAUAUUUAAAGGUGCAUUCAGUAGUUUGGAGCCAAUUUAAAAAGUUUUACACAUUAACGAAUGAAUUGUGUUUUUGUGAAAUUUGAUCCGAAUGGUGUACACUCACAUGAGAUGAAGACUGUACUCAUAAUAGUUCUCUAUUAAAAAAAAAUUAUUAUACAUGGUGCGGGUCACACCCUUCAAUGUUUUUCACCAUGUUGAAAUCACAUGACCCGCAUUGUUUCAUUAAACGUCGAAGAAGAGAAUCCUCGCGUUCAUUGGCUGUCGCUUGUGUAGAUAGAUACGUAUGGCUAUGCUUAGAACAGUGUUGUUUGGUGACGCGAAGAACGAAAAGAAUCAAAAUGAGCUUUAUUGCCAUGUAUGCUUACACAAGGAAUUUUUCAUGGUGACAGAACACAAUGGAACAUACUUAUUUAUCUUGCUUUAGCAGCGGAGACAACGGGAGAUCCAUGAGAAACCAUGACAUUGGUUGGUUGCUUGCUGAGUUCUUCAAAUACAGUAUUCAAGGACAUGCUAAAUUUGAUUAUUAAAAACAAUUCCUUUACCAUAACAUUCUGUAUCGCUAGAUCAUUGAGGUUUAUUUUUUCGCAAAGCAGUUCUCUAAUAAAGGUAAUAACUGUCUUUAGAAAUAAUGUGAAACGUAGACAGUCUCCAAAGAUUAUUUAUAUGAGGAACAAUAAUAAUCUAUCUUUAACAGUAGAAGCAUGUUCACUUGAUUUCUGAAGUUUAUUUUAGGCAAAGCAAUUAUAUUAUAGUAGUAAUAAAUAACUUUAGAAAUGACCUCAAACGGCGACAUUUUCCAGAUGCAAAUGAUAUUCCAGAGCUGGCGGGGGCAGCAGAGACGAUCAUGCUGAUCCACGUUGAAAGAUGGCAGUAUAGCGUCUAACACCACUGUAACAUCGGUACUAAAACUACCCAAAGAAGAGCAAUUCUAACGCUAGCUAGAGAACUACUGAAUGCCCCUUUAAGUCCAUUUUUGCUAGAAAUUCUUCACCCUGCCCAGUAGGGGGCGUAUUCAUGAAGAAUGUGAAUCACCAAAAACACAAGAAGAAUAAUGUGUAAGUUAAAGUGGAGAUUGACUGAGCAGGGAGGAGAAUUUAUAGUAAAAAAUGGAUCCGUUUAUCACCCACACCUAUCAUAUCGCUUCAGAAGACAUGGAUGAAACUACUGGAGUCAUAUGGAUUACUUUUAUGCUGAUCUAUAUGAUUUUUGGACCUUCAAAUUUUUGGCACCCAUUCACUUGCAUUGUAUGGACCAAAAUUGCUGGGGAAUUCUUCUAAAAAAAAUAUUCAUCCAUGUUCUGCUGAAGAAAGUCAUCCACAUCUGGGAUGGCAUAAGGGUGAGUAAAUGAUGAGAGAAUUUUUAUUUUUGGGUGAAUUAUUCCUUUAAGGGGCGCCUAUGACUUAUCACUACAAUAUGUUUUGUAUCUACUAUCAUCCAUUGGGUUAUUGACAAAUGAUAGAUAGAUGACAAUUCACCAAGUAUGUAGGAUUUCCUCAAAUACAGUUGUUGCAUGCUAACGUUUCCCAAGUCAUAAUCAUGCUGAAAUACGAAGCUGAUAGUGCAAGUCUUCAGCCUGACUCUUUUAUUUUGUCGUCUAGAAGCCAAAGUUUAAUCAUCUUCACAUUUUCAGAGACAUGUUUAUUGAGCGCGCGAUAGUCGGCCAUCCUGCGCGCGCUGAAUUAUUCUAAAGUUCGGUCCGGAAUUCCAGUCCAUAUUUCCCCUGUGCUCUAUCUGCUUCUCUGGCAGGUCUUGUUUACUGGCGCAAAGACAGAGAGGGGAUCCUUAGAGAGAGAGGGGAAUGGGAUGUGUCAAUGCACUCGCUACAACUAGCGUGAGGGGGAAAAAGUCUUUUUUCCCUCAUAUUCUCCGCCGUGAUUCCAUGAUUGUGACCUCUGCUGAAUAAGCUUCACUUAGCUAUAUUGACCAGGGAAGCAAGAUCAUUUCUUGCUAGUAAAGCAACUAAGACUGAAUGAAUUUGGGGCAUUUGAGGUGGAAAUCUCAGCAGUUUUUUUUUUUCUUCUUUUCAGCAGACUGCUCGUCCAGUUGUCUCGGAAGUUGUUGGACAGUUUACUGAGGUGUCCGCUGAUAGGUUUAUCGUAAGGAAUGAAACGAGUGACAACGUACGGGGAAACUAGCGUACUGUGUGAAGCUCGGUGAACCGUAAAUGCUCUACGGUGAAAGCUCGCUCUCAGCAGGCACCUGGGAAAAAGUACAAUUUGAAAGCUGCCUGGAACAAUUCGAGGCAACUAUAUACAACUUAUAAGUCUAUAAACAGCAGGUUGUAUGUGCACCAGAAAAAUAAAUAGGAGGAAAUCGAAUGAAAAGUUAGUGCGCCUCUCGAGCAAGCGCACACAGUUGACUACCUCGGCCUGCGCUGUAUGCGCGCGGCCAUUCAUCCUCGUUAUUUUUCCUUUUUUCAAUGCUUGAAGCAAUCUGCGCAAGUGCUGGACAAAUACAUGCAGUCGAUCGAAAAUGAGGAUUCAUGCUCGUCGUACACGAUGCUGUUCGCAUGCACCCAUCAUUCGUUUGGAUUGUUUUACUCUGAAUAAAAGUCAGCAGCACACGUUGUCUUUAGCUUAGCGCUCGAGCGUGUUCGUAGCAGCAGCACUCAGUGCGCGCGCGUCAGCACAGCAACGCCAGCGGAUUGAACACGUUGGACUUUCCUCUCCGCCCAUUUUUCUGAGGGGGGUGACAAGAGGGCUUUUUUCCUUUUCAUUUUAAAUUCAAUCUCCCGAAACAACACUGGACUAUUAAAACAGAUCGUUAGCCAAACGGAGACGUAUUUGGAGGGGAUAUUUAGUGAGGUUUUGGGCUUCUCCCGGGGUCAAAAUGCGGCUGCGGACUUUGAUUGUUUUGGUCGCCUCUGUCUACGCUGUUUGCAACUGUCAACAAACAAAUGGAGAAAUUUGCUCGAGUAAAGAUAUCAGAAAUAACGUGACCAACCUGCGUGCAUUGGAGAACUGCACCGUGAUCGAAGGCCACUUAAAGAUCCUGCUCAUGUUCACGACUAAAGCAGAGGACUUCCGAGGCGUGAGUUUCCCCAAGCUGACGGUAGUGACAGACUACCUCCUCCUGUUCCGUGUCUAUGGCAUGGAGAGCCUCAGCGACCUGUUUCCCAACCUCACUGUGGUGCGAGGCAAUAAUCUCUUCUUCAACUACGCCCUUGUACUGUUCGAGAUGCUGCAGCUGAAGGAGAUUGGCCUUCACAGCCUGAUGAACAUCACGCGUGGAGCUGUACGUGUGGAAAAAAACCCUGAACUCUGCUACCUCUCCACCCUCGAUUGGUCCAAGAUCCUUGACUCUGACGAGGACAACUACAUCAUGGCCAAUAAGAAUAGUCGAGAGUGCGGAGAUGUAUGCCCAGGCACGUUUCAGGGCAAAAGCACCUGCCAAUUUACCACCAUCAACGAGGCCUACAACGAGCGUUGCUGGAACCAAAAGUACUGCCAGAGAAUGUGCCCGUCCACAUGCAAGCACCGUGCCUGCACUAAAGACAACGAGUGCUGCCAUGAGCAGUGUCUGGGAGGCUGCUCGGAGCCCGACUCACCGAGCAAAUGUGUGGCCUGCCGCAAUUACAUGCACAAAAACACCUGUGUGGACAAGUGCCCAGCUGGAUUCUACACCUUCAAGGGUUGGCGCUGCGUUAACUUCAGCUUUUGCCGGGAGCUUCACAACAAGUGUAAGCAGGGUAAAGGUGACUGCCACGAAUACGUCAUCCACAACAGUGCCUGCAUACCAGAGUGCCCUUCUGGGUACACUACUGUAAACUCCACUACGUUGAACUGCACGCCUUGCGCUGGCCUCUGUCCUAAAGUGUGCAUGGGGCUGAAGACAGUGGACUCGGUCACGACAGCUCAGGCUCUGAGAGGAUGCACUGUGCUCAAUGGCAGUUUGGUUAUCAACAUCCGUGGAGGGAAUAACAUCGCCGCAGAACUGGAGGCUAACCUGGGACAGCUGGAGGAGAUCACUGGCUACCUGACAGUGCGACGCUCCUAUGCCCUCAUCUCCCUUUCUUUCCUCCGUAAGCUCAGAGUCAUCCGGGGAGAGACACAAGAAGUCGGGAACUAUUCAUUCUACGCUCUAGAUAACCAGAACCUGCGUCAGCUGUGGGACUGGACCAACCACAACCUGACCAUCCUGCAGGGUCGAAUGUUCUUCCAUCACAACUCCAAACUCUGCAUGUCGGAGAUCCGGAAGAUGGAGGAGGUGACGGGCACUAAGAACCGGCAGAUUAAGAAUGACAUCACCUCAAAGACCAAUGGAGAUCAGGCAUCAUGUGAGAGCCAGGUGUUGAAGUUCACUCAGGUUCGCACACUUUCAGACAAGAUCAUCAUUAAAUGGGAGCCUUUCUGGCCGCCAGAUUUUCGAGACCUGCUGGGGUUCAUGGUUUUAUACAAGGAGGCGCCUUACAAGAAUGUGACUGAGUUUGAUGGCCAGGAUGCAUGUGGCUCUAACAGCUGGGUGAUCGCAGAUGUGGAUCCUCCGCCUCGCGCUACAGAGGGAAAAGAACAGCAGGAGCCCGGAUACCUCAUCCUCCCUCUGAAACCAUGGACACAGUACGCCAUCAUGGUCAAAACCCAGCUCUCUGCUUCUGAUGAGCACCAGGUCCACGGAGCAAAGAGCGAGAUCAUCUAUGUCCGCACCAAUGCUACCAAACCCUCUGUACCUCUGGACCCUAUAUCCUCCUCUAACUCGUCAUCACAGAUCAUACUGAAGUGGAAGCCCCCUAAUGACCCAAAUGGCAACAUCACACACUAUCUGGUCUUCUAUCAGCAGCAACCAGAGGCCAGCGAGCUCUAUAAGUUUGACUACUGUCAGAAAGGUAUGAAGCUGCCCACCAGAGCCCCCACACAAGUAGAUAAUGAAGAGGAACAGAAGUGGAACCAGACCGAGGAGCAAGGCCAAGCUAGCCGCUGCUGUUCCUGCCCCAAAACAGAGAAAGAGCUGAAGAAAGAGGCGGAGGAGACAGAGUACCGCAAAACCUUCGAGAACUACCUCCAUAAUGAAGUCUUUGAGCUCAGGACAUCAAGACAGCGCAGAUCUCUUAUGGGUGUGGCCAAUAGGACCUCUUCUCGUCUCUUCACCACGCCCUCUUCACUGCCCAAUGGCUCUGUCACUCUUAGCCCAGAGGAGGAAGCAGAAGCCAAUAAGAUUUCACUGUUUGUUUAUGCCAAAGAGUCCACGGUCAUUUCCAAUCUACGCCAUUUCACCAGCUACCAGAUUGAAAUCCACGCCUGCAACCACCGGACUGACCCGGCCCGCUGCAGCAUGGCAGCGUACGUCAGUGCCCGCACCAUGCCUGAAGACAUGGCAGAUGAUAUUGUGGGGCCGAUUACCUAUGAAGUGUCAGAGUACUCGGUACACAUUAUGUGGAUGGAGCCUAAGGCCCCUAACGGCAUGAUUAUUCUCUAUGAAGUCCAUUACAAGAGACUGGGCGACACAGAGGAACUGCAUCACUGCGUGUCCAGAAAGAAUUAUAUUGCUGAUGGAGGCUGCAAGCUCAGAGUGGUGCAUCCUGGGAACUAUACAGUGCGGAUCAGAGCAACCUCCCUGGCUGGCAAUGGAUCAUGGACAGAGCCAACACACUUCUAUGUGCAGGACCUACGUGUGGACCCAUCAAACAUGCUGAAGAUUGUGAUUGGUCCAGUGAUCUGUGUAUUUCUGCUCCUGCUGAUGGGAGGGGUGGGCUUUUUCAUGUUUAAGAAGAAGCAAACAGAAGGGCCAACUGGACGCCUUUACACCUCACCCAAUCCAGAGUAUUUCAGCCCAGAUGAGGUGUAUGAGCCGGACGAGUGGGAGGUGCCUCGUGAAAAGAUUAAUCUGCUGCGAGAACUGGGCCAGGGAUCUUUUGGCAUGGUAUACGAAGGCAUCGGAAAGGACAUAGUUAAAGGCGAACCGCAGACUCGUGUAGCAGUGAAGACGGUUAACGAGUCAGCCAGCCUCAGAGAGAGGAUUGAGUUCCUCAACGAAGCUUCUGUAAUGAAGGCAUUCAGCUGCCAUCAUGUGGUGAGGCUUCUUGGUGUGGUAUCUAAAGGUCAGCCCACACUGGUAGUGAUGGAGCUCAUGACACAUGGAGAUCUGAAAAGUUACCUGCGUUCUCUCAGACCUGACUCAGAGAAUAACCCAGGCCGGCCUCCUCCAACUCUGAAAGAGAUGAUUCAAAUGGCCGCGGAGAUAGCAGAUGGCAUGGCAUACCUGAACGCCAAGAAGUUUGUGCACCGAGACCUUGCUGCCAGGAACUGCAUGGUGGCCGAAGAUCUGACUGUAAAAAUCGGAGAUUUUGGCAUGACAAGAGACAUCUAUGAGACGGAUUACUACAGGAAGGGUGGGAAGGGCCUGCUUCCUGUGAGAUGGAUGGCCCCCGAGUCGCUGAAGGAUGGAGUCUUCACCGCUCACUCAGACUGCUGGUCAUUCGGUGUGGUGUUAUGGGAGAUCAGUACUCUGGCUGAGCAGCCCUACCAGGGCCUAUCCAAUGAACAGGUUCUUAAGUUUGUGAUGGAAGGAGGAUACCUAGACAGACCAGACAACUGCGCAGACAGAUUGCAUACCCUGAUGCAGAUGUGCUGGCAUUACAGUCCGAAAAUGAGGCCCAUCUUCCAGGAGAUCAUCGAGAUGCUCCGGGACGAUCUGCAUCCCUCGUUUCAGGAGGUCUCCUUCUUCUACAGCGAGGAGAACAAGCCACCUGAGACUGAAGAGUUUGAUAUGGACCUGGAGAACAUGGAGAGCAUCCCACUGGACCCUUCCUCAUACUCUCAGAGGGAGUGUUAUUUAGAUGGGGAUGAGGGCUCAUCGGUGGGCCUACGAGGGAGUUACGAGGAGCACAUACCGUACACACAUAUGAAUGGCAGCAAGAAAAAUGGACGCAUCUUAUCCCUACCCCGGUCUAACCCCUCUUAAUAUUACUUAACCCCAACAAGCUAUAUUCGAUUGUUUUUGUCAUCAUUUUAUAGAUUGACUUUUAUCAUGCUCUAUAUCAGAAGCCCCUCAGAAAGCAAUCUCAGGACAUUAGUUCUCUGCUGCCUCAGUAUGAUGAUGAUACUAGGCACAGGCGUUAUUUUGUAGUAAAAGAAGAAAAUACACAUCAACUGCUUCUUUCCUGUCAUAUUGUUUUUAAUUUUGAAUAUUGCCAAGUUUCAAAGACUGGUCAAAUGGAACAAACUGUGAAAUUAACCUCAACCACAACCAGAAGGCUGCUUUAAACCUUACAUCUCCUCAGACUCUCCUCUCAUAUCCAACAAUUGAUUCUCCACACACACACACACACACAAAGAAGAAUUUAAGAAAAAAAAAAGUGGCCUUACGUUGUUUGUGGCCUGUGUCAUUACUACAUGGAGUUGUGUCUGACUCUGUACACUCUAGGUAUUGGUGGCAAACCUGUUGAACUUGGGAACUGUAGGAUAACCUUUAAUGUCCUUCCAAGAGUGAACUUUCUACAGGGGAAGCCUGUACAAGACACUGCUUUUCUACCUGCUACUCAGUAUUCAGACCACACACAACCCGAAAAGAUUUUUGGACUCUAUUUUUUUAUUUAUUUGCUUUUCUGUGCUUUUUUUUUUUUUUCUGGUGUUCACACAUUUACAGCUGAAGGAUAUUUAAACUAUUUUCAGGACUUUUGACUAAAAGAGUUCCUCAGAUUGACCAAUAGAUGCUGCUUUGAUAUAUUUUAGUGGGUAGAUGAUGAUAAAAGUAUAUAUAUAAAUAUAUUAUUGAUGUUUUUUGUACAUAGUUGAUAUGUCGUCAUUCGAGAGUUAUUGCCGGUUGUAGAAAUUUUUUUACAUAUUUGUCUUGAAUCUUUAUUUUUUCUAAUCCAAAAAUACAUACUAAUCAUCCUGGACCUCUGAUCAACCAGCAGCUCCAAGAUGCACAGGAGUAUUCUAGACGCCUUGGGCUUCAGAUGCCAAAUCUUGAUAUCAAUGGAAAAAACUGCUGUAAAUAAAGCAGUGAGGUGCAUUCAAGAAGAGCCGAUGGACGUGUAUCUGUCGUUUUUAUCAUAGUUGCAUAGUACUGUAUAGAAACUCUAAAAAGAGAUGUUUCUUGAGUAAAAUUGUGUGAGCAUGUCUAUCAAAGCACAAAUGCAAUCCAUGAGACAUAUUUUCUGUACUGCAGCUCCAGGUUUUACAUUGCAUCAUUCACACACUAUGUGAUGAAAAAGCUUUGCACAGACAUAUAGUAAAAAAAAUACAGAUCCAGGCUCAUAACUUACACCUGCAUAGUGUACAUGCUGUAAUGUAAUCUCAGUGGUGUCUGGGACAUCUGAAAUAAAUUUGGACCAAUAA